AUGAAUGCACGCGCCCUUCGACGCCUGGCAGCGGACCACGCUGCUCUGCACAACCAAGACCUGCCGCCGAACUACUUCUUUCCCGCCGCAUCGAACGCCGGUGACGAUUUGACCCAGCUCGACGUCUUGCUCGCCGGCCCGACGCACACGCCUUUCGUCAAAGGCGUCUGGAAGCUACACCUCUCGAUCCCACCGCAAUACCCACAACAACCGCCGACAGCCCACUUCCGAACACCCAUAUUCCAUCCAAAUGUCGACCCGCAGAGUGGAGGUGUCUGCGUGGAAACGCUGAAGCGUGACUGGCACAGCAAGCUCACGCUGCGGGACGUGCUGGUCACGAUAUCAUGUCUCUUGAUACAGCCGAAUCCGGACAGCGCGCUCAAUGCGGAUGCUGGCGCGUUGAUCCAGCAGAGCUAUGAAGCGUUUGCGAAGAGGGCGGAAGUUAUGACAGGAAUACAUGCUGUGAUCCCAACGACGUUGGCGGACACUGCUCGCGAGGCUCAACGCAGAGGGCAGGAACCACAAUCAGACGACAGGACGGAGGGUGCUGCGGCGCAGCGCACUGAAGUACCGGCGCGGCGGAGACGAACAAUUGCGCAAGUGAGAGCUGCACGGAGAUCAGAUGCGUCGCCGACAGGUGGUGCUCGUCGACGUCAAUAUCAGCCUCUAUCAAACCCACCCUUCGUGCUGCAGGCCGAUGGCGACGAUGUUUUUGGUGUGGGCGUCCCGCAACGGACGACCGCACGCAUUGACGAGGAAGACGAGAGCAUGGGCGAAGGAGAGCAAGAGAACGAUUCAGUCAAUUCGCCCGCGAAGCCCACCACGCCCAAGCCUGUGAGGACGCCGCGACGGCCUCAUGGAGUCCCAGUUCCUCUCGGAGAAUUGAUCAUGGAACAUGAGGAUGACGAGGAUAAUGACGACUCAGAUGAGGAUAUGGAGCCAGAAUACCCUCCUAGCCCUCGUAAGAGCCCGUCCAAGAGUCCCGCAAAACGAAAGCGACCGCAACUUUUCCCCGUAGACUCAGGACUUGAACAACCAGAAGCCAGCCGCGACGCAGCUUUGAGGAUUCCCAACAUCACACCGCCAAACUACAACGACAAACCGCUCGCUGAAGACUCUCCCUUCAUGAUGGAUGUCACAUUUGACGAGUCCAUCCAGGUCCGCAAAGCGUCUGGCAAGCUCUUCGAUACUCCACCAAAGCGCGCUGUUAAGAAUAGGCCCGGGAAUGUAAAUAGAGUAACGUCUGGGACGAGGUAUAGCUCAAUGAGAGGCAGAAGGAGAUCGCCUUCUCCUGCUGAACGUGAGCGUAUGGCAGAGCAAGCCCGGGCUGAGAAGAAUGCCAAGUUGUGGCUGCAGUGUGGAGGAAACAUCAAGCGGUGGAACCGUGGCGAUUUUGAUGGCGAGCCAUUCAAGAAGAAGGCUCCGAGGUGGUGA